AUGUCAAUCCCGGCGUUUAUGGCUGGAUUUAUCAAGUACGGGGAGAGAACAUGGGUUCUCUUGUCGGUGAGCCGUGAUAAAUUCGGGAAAAUUGUGCCGUUUGGCAAUGUAGACAGUGAUUCAGAUCUUGGCAAUAAUUACACAUUGGAGGAUAAAAAUUAUAUACACGGUUUAUGUAUUGCCCAUAGGUGUGUCAAGGCAUUUAAGGAAUUUACAGAGUAUUAUGACAUGGAGAAUAACGGGUUCAGAUUGCAAAGUCGUAUAGAGGUUGAUGACAUUAGCGAGUUCUGGGAUGCCAUAGAGGUCGAAAUGGGGCUCAUGUUCGAUUUGUUAUACACAAAGGCACCCAUAAACUUUAGGAAGCGAGGAUGUAUUCUGCGUUGCAUCACUUUCUCGUGUACGGUGGCUGUGUUGAUAGGAUUAGUCAUCCGAGUACUGGAAGGUCGAGAGAAAUGGCACAAGGUUGACAUUGCCAUCACUGAGGUGCUUCUAGUGGGAGCUCUGGCACUGGAGAUUUAUGCAAUCAUUUCACUGCAUCUCUUUUCCGAUUGGGCAAUGCUUUGGCUAAUUAAGAACAACAAAGCCGAACUAAAGUACGUGCCCAAGACUGCUGUCAUUGACCCUUCUCUCCUGUUACACCCGAUUUCAAAGUGUUGUAUUCAUUUAAUUGAUCCUCGAAUUGAAGAGGACAUCAUGAUCAGAACCAUUGAAGACGACCCCAUUUGGGAAGAAUUCUUCGACAGCUCUUUUGAAAAUCAAAUUCACCGCUUGCACACCGCAACAGAAGUCUGCUACAAUUUGGAAAUAGAAUGGGAUACUCAUGAUGCAGCUGAUCAAAACAACAGGGAUGGAAACAGGGAACUGUGCAGAAUUCUAUCACGCUACAUGAUGUAUCUAUUUGUUAUGCGCUCUUCAUUGUUGCCUAUUGCCGCAUCUUACGAUUACGUCAGAGACAAAUUCUUCUUAAUUGAAAAAAGCAAAAUCGGAGAUGCGCCAGAUGUAAUGGCAGCUUGCCGAUAUUUAUCAAGCCAUCCUAUUGUCGAACUCUUAAAGAGUAAACAGAAGGAUUUGAGAUGGGAAAUGUUGAAGUGGGUGUGGGUGAGGAUGCUAUGCUACGCGGUGAGUAAGGGUCAAAGAAAUGAGCAUUUUCGACAGUUGAGGCAGGGAGGCGAGUUUCUCACUUUCCUUUGGUUCUUUCUACCACAAUCUGAAAAGCUCGUGAUACUACCAUAAUCAAUUAUUUACCCUUCAUUUAUAUGUUGUUCCAUACUAAACUUGUGAAAUAAUUGUUCCGAAUUGAUAAGAAAGCUGUGAGAGCUCCCUUGUGUUAGUAUUGUUGUAAGAACUAAAUUUUAUUUUCUAAUUUGAUAUCUUAAAUUUACA